AUGGGUCACCGGUCUGCGAAAUCGGCAGGCCGUCUCUCAAUUCGCCAACCGCGACGGUUGUUCUCCCGUCUAGUCCUCUGCUCCACUCUCCUACUGGGUGCCAGCAUCGUCCUAAAAAGCCGCCACCGUCUCAGCUCCUUCUUCCCCCACUUACUUACUCCUACACACUCAAAUACUCAAGUCACAACUAUGUCUUACCAACAGGAACGCUACAUUGCCGAACUCGCGGUCCAGCGAGCUACCCUUCUCACUCAGAAGGUCUUCAACGAAAAGGCAAAGGGUACCGUAUCGAAAGAUGACAAGUCACCCGUGACGAUCGGUGACUUUGGUGCCCAGGCUCUGAUCAUCCAGGCUAUCCGCAAGAACUUCCCCAACGAUGAGAUCGUCGCCGAAGAAGAGGCCAGUUCCCUCCGUGAGGAUAAAGGACUGAGCGCCGAAAUCUGGAGACUGGUUAAGGAUAUCAAGCUGGAGGACAGCCAAAGCGAUGAGAUCCUUGGUGGCCCCUUGCCAAGUGAAGAAGCAAUGCUGGACAUUAUCGAUCAGGGCAAGAGCGCGGGAGGCGCGAAGGGUCGCAUCUGGGCUUUGGACCCCAUCGACGGUACCAAGGGAUUCCUGCGUGGUGGCCAGUAUGCCGUCUGUCUCGGCUUGAUUGAGGAUGGUGACGUCAAGGUAGGAGCAAUUGGCUGCCCCAACCUACCAGUCAAUGACUCCGAUACUAUGUCUGCAUCAAUCGGUGUUGACCAGAACAGCGGUGCUGGUAACGGAGUCCUUUUCUCAGCUAUCAAGGGCGCCGGUUCCAUCAGCCGGCCUCUGAAGAACGGCGCUCUCGCUGAGAGCAAGUCUAUCUCCAUGCGUCCAGUGCCAGACAUUGCGCAGGCCGUCUUCUGUGAAGGAGUUGAGGCUGCCCACUCGGCUCAGGGCGACAAUGCUGCUGUUGCCCAGCGCCUUGGCAUUACCGCCCCCAGCGUGCGACUGGAUUCUCAGGCCAAGUACUGCUCUAUUGCCAGAGGUGCCGGUGAUAUCUAUCUACGUCUGCCUGUGAAGAAGGACUACCAAGAGAAGAUCUGGGAUCAUGCCGCUGGGGACCUCAUCGUGCGUGAGGCUGGCGGCCAAGUAACGGACAUCUACGGUCAGCGAUUGGAUUUCAGCAAGGGCCGGACCUUGGCUGCCAACAAGGGAGUUGUCGCUGCACCCAAGGCCCUCCAAGACCAGGUCAUUGAUGCUGUGAAGAUUGUCCUGAAGCUGUGA